GAAGGAUAUCGAUGCAUUUGUGAAUGGGGCUAUAGAUCAACAACUAAUACAUCCAAUCCUUAUUGUGAAGAUGUCGAUGAAUGUUCAGCAAACCCAUGCUUUCCUGGCUCAGCAUGCAAUGGUUUUCAAUGCGUCGAUAAAAAUGAGUGUGAAAAUCCUGACCUUACAACUUGUUCAAAAAAUCCACCUGUAGAUUGCAUUAACACAAUCGGUUCUUAUAGAUGUGGAACAUGUCCACCAGGAUACAUUGGCGAUGGGCACAUCUGUGAAUUAAUAAAUCCAUGUAAUCUCCAACCAUGUUAUCCCGACGCAAUUUGUUACAAUAUGAAGGACGAUGGAGCUCGAGAUGGUGGUUAUCGUUGUGAAUGCCCUAAAGGAAUGAUUGGCGAUGGAAUCGGUGCUGAAGGAUGCUUUCGAUCAAAUACCACAUUAUGUGUUAGUGAUACGUGCUAUAAUGAAGGAACUUGUCAGAUAAUAGCAGAUACAGAGUUUAAAUGUCACUGUAUGUGGGGAUAUGUUGGCAAACGUUGUGAAACUGCUACCGAAUGCCUUAAUGAUGCAUGCAAUGGAAGAGGCAAAUGUAUUCCACUGGAUGCUGGUGGAUUUAAAUGUCAUUGUUCAAUUGGCUACUUUGGUGAGAAAUGUGAAUUCGAAGAAGAUGGUAGUGUUUCAUUUGAAAUUGUGUAG